AUGAAGUACUAUACGAAACAGACCGAUAUUACAAUACCCAUAAUGAUGCACCUAGACAGAGCACUCGUAACCACACUCUCAAAAGAAGCUAAAAGUAAGAUAAGAAAUAAAUUCAGAUUACUAGCAAAAGAUAUUAUAAAAGACACUGAAAGUCUUUUUGCUCGUCAAAGUUUACAUCAAAAAAUAAAAUUUGAACUGCUAGGUGUCAAGAUUGUAAGGAAUGAUACAAAAAAAGUGAGAAUGAAUAGAAACGUCUCACAGUAUUUAAAGAGUUAUUGCCAGUGGCAGGGAGAUAAGAAGGUAGCUAGGAAAAAAUGGUUCUACUCUGUGAUGUUUACGGGACUAGAUUUAUAUUAUUUGGAUCAAAAUGGAGCUAGAGUUACAAGUAGCACAGGCCGUGGAUACGCAAGGGGCAUAUGCAGUAAUAAAAACAGCUGCACAGUGUUGGAGUGGCAUCCUGAGAACAUCGCUUUAAUAUUAACACACGAAUUAGCACACAGUCUAGGUAUGUCUCAUGACGGUCCUUCAGAAAAUGAAUGCCAUGCUCCACAAAAUGGACAGCGCUAUAUAAUGGAUGCUAAAUAUAACCCGAGAAAUCCAGCCAAAAAUUGGUCUCUCUGCAACAAAAGGGAACUUGUUAAAUUUCUCAAGAGCAAACAAGCCUGGUGUUUACGGCAAGAUUCGAAGCUUAAGUUAUUCCAUAAUUAUAAUUAA